CGUCCCCGGGAGUGCUGCGGGGAAGCCUCGGGGUGGUGAAGGCGCGGCCCAGGCCUUUGUAACGUCUCACACCUUUCCAAUAAGAGCCUAAUAAACGCUCCACACCUCCCUUUGUAAUGUAACCGCAGCACAACAUAGAAAACAAAGCGCCCCGCUGAGCCAAUCCCGAAGCGAGCUGUGAUUUCUGGCAGCCAAUAGGAGCGCAGCCGUGGGUCCUGCACACUGUGUGCCGUCCGGCCCUGGCCCCGCUGUCUCCUGCUGCCUUACCUCUCUGCGUUUAAUGUUGUUGUUAUUAUUGGAGGUUGCGGGUCGGUUGGUGUGCCGGUAAGCAGCAAUAACGGGAAGGGACGGGGGAUCGGGGAAAUCCGGGGAGGUAGUGGGUGGCCGCGGUAAAGGAUGGCAACGCAGGGAUCAGAGAAAAACUCGAGCAAGAAGAAAACCGAAAAGAAAUUCGCGGCCAGGGAAGAAGCUAAACUGCUGGCGAGUUUUAUGGGAGUGAUGAAUGUCAUGCGGAAACAGAAAACCCUUUGCGAUGUCAUUCUUAUGGUGCAAGACCGGAAGAUUCCAGCUCAUCGAGUAGUAUUGGCAGCGGCCAGUCAUUUCUUUAACCUGAUGUUCACCACGAAUAUGCUUGAAUCAAAGUCUUUUGAGGUGGAGCUGAAAGAUGCAGAGCCUGAUAUCAUAGAGCAGCUGGUGGAGUUCGCCUAUACCGCAAGGAUAUCAGUAAAUAGUAACAACGUACAGUCCUUGUUGGAUGCUGCCAAUCAAUACCAGAUUGAACCCGUCAAGAGAAUGUGUGUGGACUUCCUGAAGGAGCAAGUAGAUGCUUCCAACUGUCUGGGGAUUAGCGUUUUAGCAGAAUGUCUUGAUUGCCCUGAGCUGAAGGCCACUGCAGACGACUUCAUCCAUCAGCAUUUCACUGAAGUAUACAAGACAGAUGAGUUCCUGCAGCUGGAUGUGAAACGUGUUACCCAUCUUUUAAACCAAGACACCCUGACUGUUCGCGCAGAGGAUCAGGUGUACGAUGCAGCCGUCAGAUGGUUAAAAUACGAUGAGCCGAACCGCCAGCCGUACAUGGUGGAUAUUCUUGCUAAAGUCAGAUUUCCUCUCAUUUCCAAGAACUUCUUAAGCAAAACUGUGCAGGCCGAGCCUCUGAUACAGGACAACCCAGAAUGCCUGAAAAUGGUGAUAAGUGGGAUGCGAUAUCAUCUGCUCUCUCCAGAAGACAGAGAAGAAUUGGUAGAUGGAACUAGACCAAGAAGAAAGAAACAUGAUUAUCGGAUUGCCUUGUUCGGUGGCUCACAGCCUCAAUCCUGUAGAUACUUUAAUCCAAAGGAUUACAGCUGGACUGACAUUCGCUGCCCCUUCGAGAAGCGACGAGAUGCAGCAUGCGUUUUUUGGGACAACGUGGUUUAUAUUUUGGGUGGUUCUCAGCUCUUCCCGAUAAAGAGGAUGGACUGCUACAAUGUUGUGAAAGACUCUUGGUACUCCAAACUGGGGCCACCAACACCACGUGACAGCCUAGCUGCGUGCGCCGCUGAGGGCAAAAUCUACACAUCAGGGGGCUCAGAAGUGGGAAAUUCUGCUCUGUACCUGUUUGAGUGCUAUGAUACGAGGACCGAGAGCUGGCACACGAAGCCUAGCAUGCUGACCCAGCGCUGCAGCCACGGCAUGGUAGAGGCAAACGGACUCAUCUAUGUAUGUGGAGGAAGCUUGGGAAACAACGUUUCCGGGAGAGUGCUGAACUGCUGUGAAGUGUACGAUCCUGCAACGGAAACGUGGACUGAACUAUGUCCGAUGAUAGAAGCUCGGAAGAACCAUGGGUUGGUGUUCGUGAAAGAUAAAAUAUUUGCCAUUGGUGGGCAGAAUGGCUUAGGUGGCUUGGACAGCGUGGAGUAUUAUGAUAUCAAACUUAACGAGUGGAAGCUGGUGUCCCCUAUGCCGUGGAAAGGCGUGACGGUGAAAUGUGCGGCUGUGAGCUCUGUCAUUUAUGUUCUGGCGGGCUUCCAAGGAGUAGGGCGCUUGGGACACAUUUUGGAAUACAACACAGAAACGGACAAGUGGGUCGCCAACUCCAAGGUCCGUGCCUUCCCAGUGACUAGCUGCUUAAUCUGCGUGGUGGACACAUGUGGAGCAAAUGAGGAAACACUAGAAACAUAAAGAUCGCUGCUGCAGGGAAGACGUAAUGCCCAAAAUAAGACUACUAUUUUCAUACAGAAAUAAACAUCCAUUUUUUUUGUGUUGAAAAUGAACUUUUCAGACUGGUAAAGUCACGCAAUAAAAAAAAGGUUAUAUAUUCUCUUAA